GGGUACAGACAGAGAGAGAGAGAGAGAAAGAGAGAGAGUGGGCAGGCUUGGGAAGAGUUAACACAGUCGAGCUGAAAGUUGUCUUUCUCUUUACAGAAUCGACUGUAAAAGUGUAGAGUUCAGUUUAACAGCGAGACUGAGAGGAUUUAAACUUUAACUCAGCCAAAAUGAGACUUUCUCUGUUGUUUCCAGGGAUCUUUGUUGUUUGUGCUCUUUUCUCUCUGACAAACUGUGAAGAGCAGCGACUCCCAAAAGAAGAUAAACUUCUAGUUGUGACAGUUGCAACCAAAGAGACGGAUGGCUUCAAGCGUUUCAUGAGGUCGGCCAAACAUUUUAACUACACUGUCAAGGUUCUUGGUCUUGGUCAAAAAUGGAGUGCAGGCGAAUACAUGUCAGCUCCAGGGGGAGGCCAGAAAGUACGACUCCUUCAAGCGGCUCUGGAGGAGAUGAAGAAUGAGGACAAAAUCAUCCUUUUUAUUGACAGCUACGAUGUGAUUUUCGCCUCGGGCCCCAAAGAGCUGCUCAAGAAGUUCCAGCAGACCAGACACAAGGUGGUGUUCUCCUCGGAGAGCCUGAUCUGGCCCGACAGACACCUGGAGGACAAAUACCCCCACGUCAUCGAGGGCAACAGGUUCCUAGGCUCAGGAGGUUUUAUUGGCUACCUUCCCAACAUCAAAGAAAUGGUUGCUGACUGGACAGGAGAAGACAGCGACAGUGACCAACUGUUCUUCACCAAGAUUUUCAUUGAUCCAGUUAAAAGGAAAUCCGCAAAUAUCACACUGGACAGCAAAUGCAGAUUGUUCCAGAACCUGCAUGGAGCCCUCGACGAGGUGAUGCUGAAGUUUGAGGAUGGACGGGUACGGGCCAGAAAUGUGGUGUAUGAUACCCUGCCUGUCGUCAUCCAUGGGAACGGACCAACCAAGCUCCAGAUCAACUACCUGGGUAACUACAUCCCCAACACAUGGACAUUUGAGACAGGAUGCACAGAGUGUCACAAGGAACUCAACCCGCUGAAAGCUCUUAAGGAGAGUGAAUACCCGCUGGUGGUCAUUGGCAUCUUCAUUCAACAGCCCACCCCUUUUGUGACGGUGUUCUUUGAGCGCCUGCUGAAGCUCCAGUAUCCCAAGAACAGGCUCAAACUCUUCAUCUACAACCCGGAAGCUCAUCAUGAGCCUCAGGUCAGCUCAUUCUUGAAGGAUCAUGGAAGCCUUUAUCAGGAUGUCAAGUUCAUCAAGCCUGAAGAGAAGACGGACGGAGCUGCCUCCCGCAACCUGGGCUUUGAUAUGUGCCGGAAGGACAAGGACUGUGACUAUUUCUUCGUCUUGGACAUUGAAGUGGUCUUAAAGAACGAGAACACACUUAAAAUUCUCAUUGAACAAAACCUUCCCAUCGUGGCACCGAUGAUAACUCGAGCCGGUCGACUCUGGAGCAACUUCUGGGGAGCCCUCAGUGCAGAGGGCUUCUACGCCAGGUCUGAGGACUACGUGGACAUAGUUCAAGGACGCAGAGUGGGUGUGUGGAAUGUCCCAUAUGUGUCCAGCGUGUACCUGGUGAAGGGCGGCCUCCUUCGAUCAGAGCUGACAGACUACGAGCUGUUUAACUCAAACAUCUUAGACCCUGACAUGGCUUACUGCCACAACAUUCGUAACAAGGGAAUUUUCAUGUAUGUCACCAACAUGCAUACCUUCGGUCACAUCCUGUCAACAGAAAACUAUCAGAUGAGCCAUCUUCAUAAUGAUCUGUGGCAGAUCUUUGAAAACCCAAAGGACUGGGAGGAGCGCUACAUUCAUGAGAACUACACUCGCAUCAUGAAAGACAAGCUGAUUGAAACGCCGUGUCCUGAUGUGUAUUGGUUCCCAGUUUUCUCUGAUGUUGCUUGUGACCACAUUGUCGAAGAAAUGGAACAUUUUGGAAAGUGGUCAGGAGGCGGCAAUAAGGACACCAGAAUCCAAGGAGGCUAUGAGAACGUCCCCACAGUCGAUAUCCACAUGAAUCAAAUCAACUUUGAAAAGGAAUGGCACAAAUUCUUACUGGAGUUUAUAGCACCGAUAACAGAGAAAAUGUAUCCUGGUUACUACACCAAGUGUGCCACUCCCUUGAACUUUGUGGUGAGGUACAAACCCGACGAGCAGCCGCUGCUCACACCUCACCAUGACGCCUCCACAUUCACUAUUAACAUAGCUCUCAACAGCAAAGAUGUUGACUACCAGGGUGGUGGAUGCAGGUUCCUCCGCUACGACUGCUCCAUUCGGGCUCCUCGUAAAGGCUGGACCCUCAUGCAUCCGGGCCGCCUCACCCACUACCACGAAGGUCUGCCGACCACCGCCGGAGUCCGGUACAUCGCAGUAUCCUUCGUGGAUCCCUGAACUUCCCAAAGAUGGCACAAACAGGACGCACACUGGCCGCAUCCUUCAGCAUCACAGCUGCUCUUUAUUUUCUGAUUUGGAGCGGUGAACUCUUUUCAUUAGUUCAUUUGCUUGUUUUAAUCUCCACAAUGAUAUUGUUUCUGUCUUACUUAAAGAAUUAUAUACAAUCUGUGACUUUGGUCAACCUAUUAGCAGUAGAAUAUCAGUGCUCUAUGAUGAAACAUGGAUGCAUAAAUGAACAACAACAUAUAAUGAACAUGUUAUUGUUAAAAGUAGCGCUCUCCCGAAUACCAUUUUUUGGGGCUUCGAAGCUUCGGUGAGAAGUAUUCGAAGCUUUGCGGUAAGCGCAGUGCAGCAGGUCGACAUGUUCUUCUAUCUGUCUCCAUCCCUCCCCCGUUUCAGUGCCACCGCCACUGCACUACUUAACACACACGUGUUAAGUAGUGAUAUGUCAUCAUAUAGUGACUGAAUACAGUGUAGUGCUAAUUGAUUUGAAUGUGGACCACUUCAUCACAAUAUCAGCUGAAAUGAUAAGGCAGUGAUUAUUACAGGCACUUUCUUGUGAAUGGGUCCUGUGUGUUUUCGUCAGCAAUAGCUAUGUGAGGAAUAGAUGAUUGCAACCAACUUUACAACAGUUUCAGUUAGGAACCUACCGUUAUCAUCAUCAUUACAUAUAAAGCCACUUUGGUGCAGUUGGAUCGAUCCGAGCGCUCCCGUUUGGUCUGGAUCAGAAAUCCAGUUGAUCCUGUCGGGCCUUGAGCCGGACUUCUCUCAGGAAAUCACCAGAAGUUCAACUUGGAUUUCUUAGAAAUGUUUGUGAAAAACCUUUAUGUUGUUGUAAGUAAGUUACGCUAACUGUUACUUUUUCUGUAUCCAAAGAAAUUCUUUUUUUUUUUUUUUUUGUAUUCUUUCUUAAACUGAGACACUCCAAAGCCUGUUAAGCCUACGUCUUAUUUAUUUUGUGUAUAUUAAAAGGAAACACUCCCUCAUGUUUUUAGCAUUUGCAAUAUAACUGCUUUUUGUGAGAUUUCAUAUUGGAAUCUGAGCUCACUUUUUCACGUGCGCUCACUGAUGUUGGUCAGCCGAGUUAGUAAAAGUGUAUACAUACUCACACAGCUGUCAUUUCCUGUUACAAGCCAUCACUGUGCUUUGAACACAACUUGAAUAAAACGGUGAGCUGAGAGUGUGUGAACUGUGA